AUUUUUUAUUUUUUAUUUAUUCUUUUUCAUUUACAAAUUAGCAUUACCAGUGACCAAUAGUAGCUACAGCCCUCAUAUCCUUAAUUCAUGGCUUCCAAUUCAACAGCUACUCUGUUCUUCUUGCUCCUCCCUAUAUCGUUUCUCGGUGUAACAUCUCAACAAAAGCAUUCUGCACAAAUAAACCUCGGCUCUUCAAUUUCCCCAAGAUCUCUCCGCAGUUCAUGGUCUUCUCCUUCUGGGCACUUCGAAUUUGGCUUUUACCAUGAAGGAUUAGGCUUUAAAAUUGGAAUCUGGCUGGUGGGUACCGAGCAAAACACAGUAGUUUGGACAGCAAACCGUGAUGAUCCUCCAGUAACCUCAAAUGCAAUACUUUCACUCCAUCAAAGUGGCAAGCUUCUCCUGAGAACAGAGCAUGGUCAGGAGAAAAUUAUUGCUAACACAACAUACCCUUCUACCUCUGCUUCCAUGCUCGACUCUGGUAAUUUUGUCCUCUACAAUAAUCAUUCCCAUAUAAUUUGGGAAAGUUUUCAAUACCCAACUGACACUAUUCUUGGAGAUCAGCUUCUGUCUGCUGGGAAGGAAUUGUUUUCUAGUCUGUCUGAUACUGACCAUUCCACUGGACGGUUUCAUUUGCAGAUGCAGCUUGAUGGGAAUUUGGUUCUCUACCCAAUAAACACAGAUAAUUCAAGCAUAGAUGCAUAUUGGAGUUCAGAAACUUUUGGUAAUGGAUUCAAAUAUCACCUUUAUCUUAACCAUACAGGACUUCUAGCCAUCGUGAACACUACGAGUUCUGAGAUGGUCAGGAGCUUGAGUCUUGGAGGAGGAGGCUCAUCAUCUUCAGAAAAUGGCCAGAAAGUUGAAAUAUAUCGCGCAACGAUCGAUUCUGAUGGAAUAUUCAGGUUGUAUUAUCAUGGAGUUGAUGAUAAGAAUAAUGGAAAAGCAAAAAAUGCUGUUAUGGUUUGGAAAGCUUUGAACAAUCCUUGUGAAGUUCAAGGUUUCUGUGGGAUUAAUAGCUUUUGUGCAAUCUUUGACGACCAACCAAACUGUUUGUGUAUUCCAGGAUCUGAUUUUGUUGAUUUGAAUCAGAAAACUCUUGGCUGCUUGAGAAAUUAUUCCGACGAAGGGUGUGUAUAUGGGAGAGAGAAUACAACUUUUUAUAGCAUGGAAAAAAUGGAGAACAUAAUGUGGGGAGAUAUUGCUUAUAUGGAAGCUUCCAUGUCCAUGGAAGAAUGUGAGAACUCUUGUUUGGAAGAUUGCAAUCGUGGGGCGGCACUUUUCAAACAAGAUGAAGAGGACUACGAAAGUGAUCUUUGUUUGAAACAAAAACUCCCACUGAGAUAUCUUAGAAGGGAUUUUGAUAAUUCCAUUACUACUACUGCUUUCAUCAAGGUGGGGAAGAAGGACGAAACUACAACCAUCAAUGGAACCAAUUCUGUCCCGACGGUGUUGGUUCCGCCAGGAAGAACCCAGCAGGUGAUCACAAGCAAAAUAGUUUUGAUACAAAUUCUUGUUUUAGUGAUAGCUUUUGUCAUUUUCUCAUUUGUUUCCCUUGCAAUCUCUGGCCUUUACAUUUUUAAAAUUCGAAUUCUAAGGUAUAAAAGGCUGGGAGAAAUUAAUGGACAAAUGGGAUGCUCUGGUGAUGAUGAGCUUAUAGCUUUGAGGGUGUUUUCAUACAAUGAACUUAAAAAGGCAACAGAUGGAUUCAAAGAAGAGUUGGGAAAGGGCUCAUUUGGAGCAGUAUACAAAGGGGUUUUAAACAGAGGUAGAAAACUUGUUGCAGUGAAAAGACUUGAGAAGUUAAUUGAAGAAGGUGAAAGAGAGUUCCGUGCAGAGAUGCGGGCAAUUAGUAGAACCAACCACAAGAACUUAGUUCGGUUGAUGGGUUAUUGCGCUGAGGACUCAAAAAGACUUCUGGUUUACGAAUAUAUGAGCAACGGCUCCCUAGCUGAUCUUCUUUUUAAACAAGCAAAGCGUCCAGAUUGGAAUUCAAGAGUAAGAAUUGCAAUAGAUGUCGCUAAAGGUAUAAAUUAUCUACACGAACAGUGUAGGACCCCCAUCAUUCACUGUGAUGUAAAACCUCAGAACAUUUUAAUGGAUGAUUUCUGGAACGCUAAAAUCUCUGACUUUGGGCUAGCAAAAUUGUUAAUGCCUGAUCAAACGCGGACUUUCACUGGGAUCAGAGGGACAAGAGGAUACUUGGCCCCAGAAUGGGAAAAGAACACUCCAAUUUCUGUCAAGGCAGAUGUUUACAGUUAUGGAAUAGUGUUGCUGGAAAUUAUAUGUUGCAGAAGGAACUUGGAAAUGAAUGUACCGACUAUAGAUGAGAUUGUUCUUUCAUGUUGGAUCUAUAAGUGCUUUGCUAGUAGACAGUUAUAUAAGCGUGGGGUUGGGGAAGAUGCAGAUAAAGAGACCUUGGAGAAAAUGGUUAAAGUAGGCUUAUGGUGUAUUCAAGAUGAACCAGUUCUUCGUCCUUCAAUGAAGAGUGUUGUUUUAAUGUUAGAAGGGAUUACUGAUAUUGCUUCUCCUCCUUGUCCUACUUCUUCGUCCAUCUAAAACUCGACAGUUGAGGAAAUUCUUAGGGGCCUAGUCUUUGUUAUCUAUGUAUCUUUCAUCCAUGUAUGAUUGCAUAUCCGUAGUUCUAUUUACUUUUUGCUGUGAGAAAUUGGUGUAUCUAAUCAAGAUGUUGAAAAUAUAUUUUAGAAAGCCUUUUCGAAAA